AGUGCGCGCUUGGGGCCGCGGGCGGGCGCGGCGCACACGUGCGGCGGCGGCAGCAGAGAUGAAGUUCGCGUACCGGUUCUCCAACCUGCUGGGGACGGUCUAUCGCUGCGGAAACUUGAACUUCACGUGCGACGGCGAUUCCGUCAUCAGCCCCGUGGGGAACAGAGUCACCGUAUUCGACCUGAAAAACAACAGAUCCAACACUCUGCCCUUGGCUACUCGGUACAACGUCAAGUGUGUAGGGCUGUCCCCAGACGGCCGCCUGGCCAUCAUCGUCGAUGAAGGGGGGGACGCGCUGCUGGUCAGCCUGGUCUGCAGGUCCGUGCUCCACCAGUUCCACUUCAAGGGCUCCGUGCACAGCGUCUGCUUCUCUCCCGAUGGCAGGAAGUUCGUUGUCACAAAAGGCAACCUCGCUCAGAUGUACCACGCCCCUGGGAGGAAGCGGGAGUUCAACGCGUUUGUCCUGGACAAAACCUACUUUGGGCCGUACGAUGAAACCACGUGCAUCGACUGGACAGACGACUCGCGGUGCUUUGCGGUCGGGAGCAAAGACAUGUCCACGUGGGUGUUCGGAGCCGAGCGCUGGGACAACCUCAUCUACUACGCGCUGGGGGGACACAAGGAUGCGAUCGUGGCCUGCUUCUUCGAAUCCAGCAGCCUAGACCUGUACACGCUCAGCCAGGACGGCGCCCUGUGUGUGUGGCAGUGCGACACCCCCCCGGAGGGCCUGCGGCUGAAAGCCCCCACGGGCUGGAGGGCAGACCUGCUGCAGGCGGCGGCGGAGGAGAAGGAGGACGGAGAGGAGGGGGAGGAGGAGACCACCGUCCGGGGCAAAGCCACGCCGGCUGCCGAGGAGCAGCAGGGGAAAGUCAGAUACUCUCGGCUGGCCAAGUACUUUUUCAACAAAGAGGGAGAUUUCAACAAGCUGACCGCUGCGGCCUACCACAAGAAGACCCAUCUCUUGGUCACCGGCUUUGCUUCCGGAAUCUUCCACCUUCACGAGCUGCCUGAGUUCAACCUCAUCCACUCCCUGAGCAUCUCUGACCAGAGCAUCGCGUCCAUCGCCGUCAACAGCUCCGGGGACUGGCUUGCCUUUGGCUGUUCAGGUCUGGGCCAGCUGCUAGUGUGGGAGUGGCAGAGCGAGUCCUGCGUGCUCAAGCAGCAGGGUCACUUCAACAGCAUGGUGUCCCUGGCCUACUCCCCCGACGGGCAGUACAUCGUGACCGGCGGGGACGACGGCAAGGUCAAGGUGUGGAACACCCUCAGUGGCUUCUGCUUCAUCACUUUCACGGAGCACUCGAGUGGGGUCACCGGUGUGACCUUCACUGCCACCGGCUAUGUCAUCGUGACCUCUUCCAUGGAUGGGACCGUGCGUGCCUUUGACCUUCACAGGUACCGGAACUUCCGCACCUUCACGUCUCCGCGGCCCACCCAGUUCUCCUGCGUGGCCGUGGACUGCAGCGGGGAGGUGGUGUCUGCAGGGGCCCAGGACUCCUUCGAGGUCUUCAUCUGGUCCAUGCAGACAGGGAGGCUCCUGGAUGUUCUGUCUGGCCACGAGGGCCCCAUCAGCAGCCUGUGCUUCAACCCGGUGAAGUCGGUCCUGGCCAGCGCCUCCUGGGACAAGACGGUGCGCCUGUGGGACAUGGCGGACAGCUGGAGGACCACGGAGACGCUGGGCCUGACCUCGGACGCUCUGGCUGUGACCUUCCGCCCUGACGGUGCGGAGCUGGCUGUGGCCACGCUGAACUCCCAGAUCACCUUCUGGGACCCUGAGAACGCCGUGCAGACGGGCUCCAUCGAGGGCAGGCACGACCUCAAGACGGGCAGGAAGGAGCUGGACAAGGUCACCGCCAAGCACUCGGCCAAGGGGAAGGCCUUCACGACGCUGUGCUACUCUGCGGACGGCGAGAGCAUCCUGGCAGGAGGGAUGUCCAAGUUCGUGUGCAUCUAUCACGUCAAGGAGCAGAUCCUCAGGAAGAAGUUUGAGAUUUCCUGCAACCUGUCGCUGGACGCCAUGGAGGAGUUUUUGAACCGAAGGAAAAUGACAGAGUUUGGUAACCUGGCACUGAUCGAUCAGGACGCUGGGGCGGAGGACGGAGUCGCCAUACCAUUGCCGGGCGUGAGGAAAGGUGACAUGAGCUCUCGGCACUUCAAGCCUGAAAUCAGGGUGACUUCGCUUCGCUUCUCUCCCACCGGGCACUGCUGGGCGGCCACCACCACCGAGGGGCUCCUCGUCUACUCCCUGGACGCCCAGAUGCUGUUUGACCCGUUUGAGCUGGAUGCCAGCAUCACCCCCGCGCGGAUCCGGGCGGCCCUGCGCCAGCAGGACUUCACCAGGGCCAUCCUCAUGGCCUUCCGGCUCAACGAGAAGAAGCUGCUGCAGGAGACCUUGGAGUCGGUGCCCUGGGACGAGGUGGAAGUUGUCAGCUCCUCGCUUCCUGACCUGUACGUGGAGAAAGUGCUGGAGUUCUUAGCUUCGUCCUUUGAAGUGUCUCGCCACCUGGAAUUUUACCUCAUCUGGACCCAGAAGCUGCUCAUGGUGCACGGCCAGAAGCUGAAGUCCAGGGCGGGGAAGGUGCUGCCGGCCGUUCAGUUCCUUCAGAAGAGCAUCCAACGGCACCUGGACGACAUCUCCAAACUCUGUGACUGGAACCGCUAUAACAUCCAGUACAUUCUGGCAGUGUCCAGGCAGCGGGGCAGAAAGCGCCCGUCAGAACCGCUGGGCAGCGAGGAGGAAGCAGACCCGUCCGAUGACGACACUCUGCACCUGCUCGGGGGAGGGCAGGGCGAUGGGGCCGCACAGCCGGUGUAGGGCCGGCCCCGUCCCAGCCCCGCUUGUUUGGAUGAAGACCCCCGAAGACUGGAGCCCGUGGCCUGGGCCCCGGAAGCGAGGGAGGGCAGUGCGCAGGGCUGCGGGGGCACCGGCCCGGAGGACUCCGAGCCAGACGCGGCUGCAGCUCCGGAGCCAGCCGCUCCCCGGGCCAGCACGGCCUUGGCACACGGCCGGGCACCCGCGCUCCGAGCAAACAUGAGCUUGGCUCAUCUGCUCUUGGAAACGCCUCUCCAGGGAGGCAGAUGGGUUCGUUUUUAUAGACUUGAACUUUGUAGGAGUGUAACUUAUAUUUUUAAUACAGUUGGGAUGAUAGAUGAAAAGGAGGUUUUCUACAAUAAAAGUGUGGAGUAAACCUGAA